GUGGGUGGAACUGCUGUGGUUCCCCCCGUUGUUGGAGAGAAAAGGGGACCAGAGCAGAAAGCUGCUGGUGGUGGUGAACCGAAGAGGCGGAGACUGCAGACCAGGAGAGUUGCUCCGGUGCAGAAGAAACCUGUAGCUACUGCUGGUAAGUAUAUCCCUUUCUUUGUGUUGUAUGUACAAUGGGUGGGAAAUACUCAUUGAAUACUCUUUGUAUUGCAGAAUCCCGAGAUGCGGGGUAUUCUUUGUUCGACAUCUCUGCGUCUCCUCCGCACACUGCUGCCGCGGGUGCGGGUGUUUUGAAGGAGAAGGUCGCGCCUAAGGAGUCUGCGGCCCCUUUUGCUGGGCCAGUUCGUGAUCCCCCUUUGGAGAAGACGGUGGAGGCGACUGCUGACCGGAUUUUUGACACUGUGGACUCCUCGGACAAUCUGAUCUCUCCUGAUGAGGGUGACGGAUUGAACUUGAGGUUUUCAGAUGCCGGUAAGCAGAAGUCUGAUGCUGAGGUGCGGCAGCAGGAUGCUGAGCCGCAGAAGUCUCCUGCUGGGGAGAAAGGUAGCGGCUCGUCUGCUGGUUAUGACGGGCCUCCAAUUCAGCCUGGGGAGUCUGAAUUGGAGUAUUAUUACCGCACCUACUGCCCGGGUCGCAGUAUGGUGUAUCACCGACCCCCCUGGACUGUUAUGCAGGGGGAUGAUAUUUCUAACGACCCUGCGGCAUGUAGGGAGAUUUUGGGUGGUCUGGGGACCCCGUUUGAAGUCGAGCGUGCCAGUGCCGCGCCCCGAGAGCUGCGUAUUAACCAACUUUCAUCGAUGCUGGUGGGGACUUCCAUUGUGGCUAAUGCCAUUUUGGAAGAUUAUAAGGUGCUGGGCCGCCGCGAGGAGGAGGCCACUCGUAUGCGGGCGGAAGCAGAGAAGUUAGUCGAGGCUGCUCGUGUGAGUGCGGAGCAGCUCGAGAAAGACAAGGCUGCUUUUGAAAAGCAGAAACAGACUUCUGAAUGGGCUGCCGCUGCCCAGCUGAAACAGGUGCGUACCCUUGCUAAACUUCUUGCUGAUGAGCGCAAAAGUUGGAAUGAAAAAAUGUCCAAUGAGCGCAAGAAGUGGAAUGCAUCAUGGGCUAAGCAGAAUGACAUUCUGUUUCAUGCUCGGCAGGAGCUGACAAAUGCCAAGGCAGCGAAUGCUACCUUGAGCCAAGAGAAGGCUGCGGCUGAGGCCAUUUCUGUGAAGGCACUGCAGGCGAAGGCCGACGCCUUGAAGGCCCUUGAAGAGGCCAAAGAAGCCGGGGCUCGUGCCUCAAAGGCCCAUGAAGAGGCCGCAGAGAAGGAGAGCCGUGCUUCUAAGGCUCUUGAAGAGGCGAAUGCGGAGCGCAUUCGUUUAGGCAAAGUUGUUGAAAGCCUGCAGGCUGAGGUUCAGGCCCGGGAGGUCGCAGUUACAGACCUUACUGCCCGCGUGUCUGCUGCGGAGAAGCGGGCCGACGCUGCUGCUGAGGCCAAGGAUGCCUUGGUGUCCUCUUUUAACCAACUGGAAGCUGACCGUGAGUGGUUGCGGACUCACGGCAUCGCGCGUGUAAGUAUCCAUUGCCUUUACAUUGGCUUGGAUUAGUAUGUUAAGACUUAUGAUCCUUGUAUUGCAGAUUGUCGAGGCUAUAA